GUAUUCCCUCACACUAUUGUACACGCGCUACGAUGGAGCGUGUGAAUUAUACUGUUCCUUAUAAUGCAGUCGCCAAUAUGCCACCAAGGGAGGGGCGCAAAGCGCACUCGUCACCCCACCGUUCACUUCCUCGGGCACGCCGGUGACGGAAUUCAAAGCACCCGCCUGUGUCUUCGCCACCAUCUUCAUCGUGCUGAGCUCAAAUUCUUGGCUUUCAAUCCAUUCAGAGCCUUUUGGACUCCGACUUUCCGACCUUCCUAUGAUUUUUUAGGACCUAAUGGAGGCACGCCCUACUUUAUCAAUUCAAAGAUCAGGUGCAAAGCAGCUUAGUAACAUGGGGAUGUCUGGAGCACUGUCUUCAUCUUCACCAGUCCUUCCAGCCCCUUUGCAAGAGACAUAUCCGAAGUUGCCAGACUCUCAACAGGUUUAUAUGGAAAGAGAAUUUGCGAAAAGGCCUUUUACCCAUACAAGUCAUUUACCCUCUGAUAGUGGAGUGGCUGGUCACAUGUUUUCAUCAUCCCCAGGAUUUUCAUUAGAUCUUCAUUACUCAUCUCUUUUACCCCAUGAAGAGUAUUCAAAAAACUCUCCUUUUAUUUCUCAGUUAUCAACUAUUGGAGCAGCUUUUCCAUUGACACACACUUCUCAUUCGAGAUCUGUUCAAUCUACAAAAUCAAGUCAUUAUGCCGAAGAAAACUCUGCUUCGUGGAAUACUGAUUCACUUCCAAGUUUUCUUGAUUUUCCUGUAAAUACCUUUAUUGAGAGUAGUCAGAUAGAAAGCAGUGGGUGUAAUACUGUCCUGCCAUCUGAGGAAUUUGGUAAAUGGGCAGACCAGCUAAUUUCUGAUGACGUUGCAAAUUGGAAUGAGCUUCUUGGAGACACCAAUGUUACAGAUAUGGAACCAAAGAUGGCAUGCCAGGUGUCCAAACCAUCUCCAAAUUUUCAAGCACAUGAGUCCCAAGUUCAUCAGCAGCUUCCUGUUCCAUCUGGAGAAAUUCGUGCUAUUGCUACUCCCACUUCCUCGGCAAAUAGUGCCCCAGCCAAGCCACGCAUGCGCUGGACACCAGAACUUCAUGAAGCCUUUGUGGAGGCUGUCAAUAAACUUGGUGGUAGUGAAAAAGCUACUCCAAAGGGUGUGCUGAAGUUCAUGAAAGUUGAAGGAUUGACCAUCUAUCAUGUGAAAAGCCAUUUGCAGAAAUAUCGGACAGCCAGAUACAGACCAGAUUCUUCAGAAGGAUCCUCAGAGAAGAAGUUAACUCCAAUUGAAGACAUGUCAACUCUUGACUUGAAAACGGGUAUCGAGAUUACGGAAGCUCUACGAUUGCAGAUUGAAGUUCAGAAGCGGCUUCAUGAACAGCUUGAGAUUCAAAGGAAUCUACAGUUGCGAAUAGAAGAACAAGGAAGGUACCUCCAAAUGAUGUUUGAGAAGCAAUGCAAGCCUGGCAUGGACAAGCUGAAGGCAUCAGCAUCUGCUUCACAGGACCCCCCCGUUCCAUCUUCGGAUGCAGUUCCAGAUUCCCCUGCCAAAACUGAACUGAAAGCCUCCCAGUUGGACGAUUGCCAUGGUAAAACAGGUGCUGAGCCAGUCAAUGCCAACACUAGGUUGGAAGAAACCUCGUGGGAGCUGGGUGAGAAAGAAAAGGCACCUGAACAAGAAGCCCCUCGGGAUUUUGAAGCAGAUGAAUCUAGUUCUCAACCCUCAAAGCGUCCAAGAACGGAUGAAUAAUAAGCCAUAUCACCUUCCACAUCAGUAUUGGACUGACAAGACUGUACUGAUUAAUGGAAUAUUUUAUUCUUUUGAGUGAGACAGACAUAGCUGACUGAUGGAUAGAGCUUUGGGACUUAGAUAUACUAUCUAUUCUAAAGAAAAAUUUGCAGAUGCAGUAACAAAUUAGUUGAGUAAAGUUUUGAUCA